CCUCUACAGCAGGCUAUGCUAGUCGGGACGAAGCGAGGGAUCAGCCCGCCUUGGAGGUUGUGGACCGGUGGUAUCGGUUGCAUGAAGGAAUGUGCCACGAGCUGCAGCUGAGAGGGCACAUGGACCCUAAAAAGGGUGCUAAUCCGGCCACUUCGGACGCUCUCCACCAAUGCUCCAGCUUCGAUCGAGAAAGGGUGGGGGGCUUUGCUGCACACUACGGCGGCAUUGCGUGCUAUUCCUCGGCCGGACAGACGAGCAUGCCCUGCGAAGAAGGUCUAGCCGACAAGGGAGCUCCCUCCUCCAUAGGCUGGAUUCGGUACGGAAGUAUGCAUAUAUUACACCGGAGUUCUUGGAGGCCGGUGCCCUGGUUGGGAUAGCUACGCUCUUUCCGCCGGUCAGAAGCUGUACUAUGGAAACGCGAAACGCGGGAUCCGACCUUCACCAUCUUCUUUUCUUCAGGUUCACCUCGCCGCAGCCCAACGCGAUGCGAUUAUGGCGACCUUGUCGAGCCGCGCCGCUCACACGCCCUUGUCACUGCAUGAAGGCAUUCGCUCUGAGCCUAUGGAUGCUAGCGGAGCCGAAUCGGACGCGCAUUGGAGAGAAAUCCGUUCGUGAGGCGCGUCUUGCAUCCUUCCUUCGAGCCAGUGGCGAUUCGUGGAGGGUGGGGAGACAAACGAUAUCGAUAGCUUUAGGAUGGCCCGUCUCAUCCACUUCUCGCAGCAGGUACGCUGCCCAUCUCGCAGGAGGGCACUGGUUUAGGCGCAUUGAGUUCGCAUCGACCUGCGCUGCUCCCUCAUUUCGCUGGAUAUCACCCAAGUGCAGACUUCACGGAUGCAGACAUCCGUGCCAUGGUCUUAUGAAGCGGUCUUGAACCCCUGGUCCAAACCCCCCGGCCUUGCUUUCCGGCUGUGUCCUGUCGCAGCAACAGGGUUCCCGGUGAAUGUGGACGGCAUGGCCCCUGGCUUAACAUCGUGUGACCUUUGCCGCUGCGACAUGCACACCACCACCUAUACAGAAGGCGGAUGGGAAUCUUAGCCAAAGUGCAUGCGCAAGACAUUGCCGACGGUUGCUCGUGUCGCAAUCUUCAUGCGUGACAAGAUAAGGUGGGCCGGUUGGUGCAGACAUGCUCAUGGUAGGAGGCACAGCAUGCGGAUUCGGGAGCUUCCUCGACGGUGUCUUUUCGCUUGGA